UGUGCGCGCAUAUAGGUGCUCGUCGUGAAAUAUAGUAGCAGCCAUCUUAUAUUUUGUGUCGGAGAAAAACAAUUUGACCGUACAAAUGUUUCGCGAUUGCCCGUGAAGCCGCUCGACGACGAGAGGCGGUGCGCUCGAUGAGGCGCGACGUUUUUCAACCCUAGACCCGGACCACUACAUUAGCAAAGGUGGAUUGGUACGCAGGGUAUGAGCAGUUUGUCAAGCGCAACCUGACUCUGCUCCCCCAUCAGCAAGCAGCACAGCAGCAGGACGAGCAGUCUCAGCAGCUGGUUCAACCACAGCAGACUGAUAUAAUGACGUCCAUGUUUGAACAACAGAUCAAGAGCGAACCCAUGGGGUUCUACUCUGUUGCUUCCAGUCGUUCGGAUGGAUCCAACUCUAUGGUGAAUCUGUCCGACGAUCGAGAGGAUCUCUCUCAACAAGAAGGUCAUAUGCAGCCCCAGCAACAGACGUUACAGUUGAAUCAGCAGCAAAGUCAGCAACAGAAUCAGCAGCAGAAUCAACAACAGGUGCAGCAGAAUCAGCAGCAGCAGCAAAAUCAGGGUAUGCCGCAGGACUCACCCGGUCGUCAGUCUACGGGUCAACAGACCGUCAAGGAAGCCUCACGAUCGAAGCCUCAACCUUGCAAAGUUUGCGGCAAGGUGCUGUCCUCCGCUUCGUCCUACUAUGUGCAUAUGAAACUUCAUUCGGGGAAUAAGCCCUAUCAUUGUACAGUAUGCGAGGCGAGUUUUUGUCGCAAACCUUAUUUAGAAGUGCACAUGAGGACGCACACGGGCGAACGACCCUUUCAAUGUGAGCUAUGUUUGAAAAGGUUUACUCAAAAAAGCAGCCUCAAUACUCACAAACGGGUGCACACGGGGGAACGGCCGUAUGCAUGCGAUAUUUGCCAGAAACGUUUCGCUGUGAAGAGCUACGUCACGGCGCAUCGUUGGAGCCACGUGGCCGAGAAACCAUUAGUCUGUGACCGAUGUUCCCUCACGUUUACGUCCAAAAGUCAAUUUGCGAUUCACAUCCGUACACACACCGCCAGUACCACAUACGAGUGCAAUAUCUGCGGACGUACAUUUGUACGUGACAGUUAUCUAAUAAGGCAUCAGAAUCGGGUGCAUCGUGACAUGAAUCAGAGCAGCUCGAAUCACAAUCCGCCGACGCCGCAGAGUAGCGGCGCUGGCACGCCUGGCACCGAUUUCGAGAGUCCGGUCUGUGAUUUGCGCUACAGCGAGGGACCGUCGUCAUUGGAUGGCCUUCCGGGAGCCAAAGGCACAGGCAUAGCCGCGGAGAUCGCUAGUUUAGCCAAGCAGAACAAUCUACAGCUUCCACUACCGUUGCUACAUCCGCAGACCACCAACUAGUGUUUAGAUGGCAGCAGCAUCGUCACUCAGCCCCUGCCGCAACACCAAUCACCACAGCAAGUAGUAUGUCCCACCUCGGCGUCUUCGCCGUUCACACUUAACUCGCCUAUGUCUCACACCGAGCACACGAGCACACCGCAGAGUGUCUACCAAACGACGGGCUCCUCCAACCCCUUGGACAGCCCCAGUUCCCAACUCUAUCCGCACUUGUCGUCCCCUCUAGACCCGACAUCGGAGCCACAGCAUCAUUCGCACCAGCUGCAUCACGGCAUCCCUCCACCAGGUCUUCAUCCCGCGCUCUAUUUGUACGCUCAUUACUCGAAUACGAAUCCCGCGAUCUCGUAUUCGGAAUAUAUUCAGCGUAACAAUUGAACGCGAGUUUUCACCUAGCAUCGAUCGACUUCCAACGUGUACGAUAAUAUCAGUAAAACUGGUGCUAUUUAAUCGCGUCGGUUGAUCAAAGUGCCUAUCGAGCAUCCUAUACUUUUGGUUCAUAACGACGGAUGCUCGCUCGUCACUCGGUUUAGGGAUACGCUUUUGAUCAAAGAGGGGUACGACGACACAAUUGAUCAAUUGUGAUUGCUGCUCGAAAAAUGUUUGCUAAUACCUUGUGUUCAUCUAAUGAAUUUUAUACUCACGAGCAUCUUUUUUAACACGAGAUUAAAUAGCACCCGCUUGAGGCGGAUUCAACCGCGGUUUUCAAUCGCUGGGCGAUCAGAUCGUGCCGGCGCAGAAUUCGUAUAUAUAUCGUCCUAAUUAUUCAAUCAUUACACACGAUGCUAGCUGAAAUCGAAGCGUGUAACGUUUCUAUAAGUCUCCACAGUUUCAGCACUCUUGUUUCGUCUGAUUUUAAUCACGUCUCUGCGAGUAUACAUAUACAUAUAUACAUGUGUGUAUAUAUAUAUUAUGCGUGAACCAUUACAACACACACGUACACAUAUUUAUAUUAUAUUUUUAAAGGAGUUUAGUCACUUGGAUCUGUGAUAUAGAUAGUAAUUAUUGUCUACAAUGUUUAAACUAUUGGUUUACACUAUUUUCAUGAAUAUCAAAAGGAGGGAAAAGGAAAAGCAAUGUCACGGAACGAAAUUUCAUCUACUUUGGUUUCUACCGAAGAUGUUUGGUAGACACCCUACUAUUAAUUUUACAACAAUAAUAACAACAACACUAUAUAUAGGCUAAUGCCUAUGUCUCACUGUCACUCUACUAUUAUUCUAACUAAUUCUACCACCACCACCGCGUCUAUCACCACCACCGACAUUUUCCCAAUUAUAUAUUACUAUCACUACUAUUAUUACAACUAUUACUAUACUAUCAUCACCACUAUUACUCUACUGCUACAACCUACUACUAACGAUAAGCUAUUAAACUAUUAUCAUUAGCACUAGGAGAAUACACACACACACACACACAUCCGUUUAUUUCGCCAAUCACGUGUAGCGCAUUCGAUCCGUCACAUAGUCGUCAUGGUUUCUCUUUAGCUUGAAACGGGAUACGAGAAUUCCUUAUGUUGCUUUUUUCUCUUUUAGAUCAUAAAACGUUUAUUCUUUCACAAUGUCAAUGGAUACAUUCGUUGUGACGCGGUGCGCGUUUUCGUGAUAAAAAAAUUAUUCUUCGUUAGAGGGUAGAGCUGAAUCAGUCCUAUAGUUGUACUUAUUUUCCACAUAUCGAAGUGUGUGUACAAAUAUAUUGUAUAUACAUAUACAUAUACGACGUACAGAUGUAUUAUAAAGCGGAAAUAGGGGAUGCGAGUUGUAAAAGAAAAAAAAUGUUCUACUACGUAAAAAGCGUAACAGGCUGUUGUUUCUUCGCGAAAACACCCUUAGACCUAUUAGUUUAUUAUUACCUCCUGUUCAUUAACGCCGCAAUUUUCUGUGCAAGCGCGAGGGAACCAUGACAAUCGCGCGUAUGGAGCUGGAGAAGUAGUUAGUUUCAAUAAAUGCACAUCUUAUACGCGAUUACCACUUUUGAGUAAUCGAUCUAAGAUAGUUGCGACCACGUGUAAAUGCAAUUCAUCCAUUAUUAAUUGUGCGUUACAGAGCUACGAAGGUACACAAAUCGAACAAGAAAGCUAUAUAUAUUUGCGCUAGCGUGCCUCUCGAACCCCCUUAUAUCGUGGUUCUAUCUUUUUCCUCUCUCUUUCUAUCUCUCUCUUUUUCUCUUUCGGUGAUCUAGUUUUCACAUCGUAAAAUGAUCAAAAUGAUCCUGCGCGCAUAUGCCUGAGGCUUUCGAUUUAAAGAGGAUGCGAAGUCACACCUGGGCAAGACUGAUUUUUACUGUAAACGGUCUGUGAAAUACGAAAACGUUUAUUCUUUUUCUUUUCUCUUUGUCUCUUUUCUCUCUUGCUGUUUACUCUCUCUUUUCUUUCUAAUUUCUGUUUCCAUUGAAAGGAGACGCAUGUAAGCGCGCUAAGGAAGGAUUAGUGCGAUAGAAUGUUUCAUUAAUAAGAGCCGUAAAACGUAUGUUCUUAGACGACAAAAUGAGUUAAAUAAUUGGAAAAUUAUUGGUUAACUUAAGAGUCCAUUGUUUUAUUAAUUAACGUAGUUAAUUAAAUACAACUGAUCAAAUUAAUUAAAGUUUAAUAAGCGAUUAAGUUAAUUACGCGUAAGAAAAAGUAAAAUCGUGAAUGUGCAAUUUUUUAUUCACGAUCAAUUGAGUAACGAGAUAUAAUAAGAGAAAGCAAUUGAUCUUUUAGUCGGCUAGUCAUUGGGCAGCUCUACGAGAUUUUAAUUGUACUAUUAAAGCUGUGAUUAAAGCCUCCGUGCAUAUGACCGCGCAGCUCCUAAUUAUAGUGAUAUAUAUAUAUACAUAUAUAUAUAUAUUUUGUAGCUUAUUAUAAAUAUGUAAGUAAAAAGUAGAUAGAGAUUAGGUUAGAUUAGGGACAUCUAAAAAUUGCAGUCGAUCGAUUAAUUAUCAACUUCGAUCUCCCCCCCUCCUUUUUUUUUUUUAAAGCAUACAUUUUCGCAGUGUUGGGCAAAAAAGGCAUACAUUUAGAUACCGUACGUUAUUGUUUAGAGAGAAUAAUUACACACUACAUACACAUGUGACAUUUAAAGAGAAUUUUAUACGAGCGCGCGCGGGCACGGGCCGCGAAGAUUUACGUUUAGUAAAUUUUUAUAAAUCGUCAUACUGUUUGAAAUAGAGAUCUUGCUUUCAGGCGGCGAAUUUUAUCUUAUCGAUACAUUUUAUGCCGUUAUCUGUCAAAGUACAUUAAUCUGCGAAAUGUCAAUUCAUAUUUCUGCUGCACACAAUUUAUUACUAAUACUCGAGCGCAUAUUUAAUUUACGCUAUUUAAACGUCUAAAGAAAAGAUAAUGUACGGAGUACACGUGUUUGAUUGAAAAUUCUUUAAUUUACCUGCGUUCCUAAACGUUAAGACUGGAAUUGCACAAAAGAAAAACGACAAAUAUUUUUGAAAUAUAUCGAAAUCAAAUUAAUUUCGCGAUCUAAGGAGUUUACUUACUAAAAGCAACAAUCUCUCCUUGUUUUUUAGAAUUGAAAGUUAUACUUACGUUUCUAAGUAAACGUAACUGAUAAAUUUCAGUCAGGAACGAUCGUAGCCAGCGUCCUGAAAAUGUAGUGAGAUUUUAGCUGUGUUAUUCAAUACUUAGUAUACGAACUAUUUCAGACAGUAUAUCGCAUACGUAUAGGCUAUAUGCAUGUAUUUUUAGGAUAUUGCCCAGCACUGAGAUUAUAAUCGAAACUUCCGAAUCGGUAAUAACGAUCUCACGCUGAUAACACCCAUCGCUUUUCCAUGGACGUAUCUUCGAGUUAUUCGUGGCAUGUAUAUCAAAAAAAGUGUAUUUUCAUAAGAAGAGGGCACAAAAUAUAGGUCCUUUCUUCAAGAGAGCACUCGUCGGACCAAUAUAUAUGUACAUAUAAAAAACGAUAAAAAAAAAAAAUGGAAAAAAAAAAAGAAAAA